UGCUCUAUUUGAUCAAAAUGGUGGACACCGAAAACCAGCUCUAUCCUCUUACUCCCUUGGAGGACGAUGACAUAGGCAGCCCUUUAUCUGGAGAGUUCCUACAAGAUAUGGACAACAUUCAAGACCUUUCUCAGUCUCUAGGUGAUGAUAGCUCUGGAGCUUUAAGUUUAACAGAGUUCCAGUCACUGGGAAAUGGUCCAGGAUCUGAUGGAUCAGUUAUAACGGACACCCUUUCACCAGCAUCCAGUCCUUCAUCCAUUAAUUUUGCCACAGCUCCAGGUAGCAUAGAUGAAUCACCCAGUGGAGCAUUAAACAUUGAAUGUAGGAUUUGUGGGGAUAAAGCCUCAGGCUACCAUUACGGAGUACAUGCUUGUGAAGGUUGUAAGGGUUUUUUUAGAAGAACAAUUCGAUUAAAACUCAUCUAUGAUAAAUGUGAUCGCAACUGCAAAAUUCAGAAAAAAAAUCGUAAUAAGUGCCAAUACUGUCGUUUCCAAAAGUGCCUUUCAGUUGGAAUGUCACAUAAUGCAAUACGUUUUGGACGAAUGCCAAGGUCUGAGAAGGCCAAGUUGAAAGCAGAAAUUCUAACAGGUGAAAAUUACGUAGAAGAUUCAGAAAUGGCAGAUCUGAAAUCACUUGCUAAAAGAAUUCAUGAUGCUUACCUGAAAAACUUCAAUAUGAACAAGGUUAAAGCCAGAAUCAUCCUUGCGGGGAAAACUAAUAACAAUCCACCAUUUGUUAUACAUGAUAUGGUUACCUUGUGUAUGGCAGAGAAAACCCUGGUGGCAAAAUUGGUAGCCAAUGGAAUUCAGAACAAGGAAGCAGAAGUUCGAAUCUUCCACUGCUGCCAGUGUACAUCUGUAGAGACCGUCACAGAACUUACUGAAUUUGCCAAAUCUAUCCCUGGCUUCUCCAGCCUUGACUUGAAUGAUCAAGUGACACUGUUAAAAUACGGAGUUUAUGAAGCCAUAUUUGCCAUGUUAGCAUCAGUGAUGAACAAGGACGGGAUGCUGGUGGCCUAUGGGAACGGUUUUAUAACCCGGGAGUUCCUGAAAAGCCUGAGGAAGCCGUUCUGUGAUAUAAUGGAGCCAAAAUUUGAUUUUGCAAUGAAAUUCAAUGCACUAGAACUGGAUGACAGUGAUAUAUCCCUUUUUGUUGCUGCCAUCAUUUGCUGUGGAGAUCGUCCUGGUCUUGUAAAUGUAGGACACAUUGAAAAAAUGCAGGAGAGCAUUGUGCAUGUACUGAAACUUCACUUGCAAACCAACCAUCCUGAUGACAUCUUCCUCUUUCCAAAACUUCUCCAAAAAAUGGCUGACCUCCGACAACUUGUCACAGAGCAUGCUCAGCUCGUUCAGAUAAUUAAGAAGACUGAAUCUGAUGCACAUUUACACCCUUUACUACAGGAAAUCUACAGGGAUAUGUAUUAAGGACUUUUAGUAUUAUUUUUUUUUCACAAUAUUUAAAGACAAGAGCAAUACUAGUAACAGAUGGGAGCAAAACUACUUGCAUGGUUAUCUGCUGUUCACUCAGCCCAGAGCAUGAGAAAUCUAAAAGCUGGAUAACUGGAGUGUUACACUUCUUUUGGUUUGGGAUCUUUUGUUUCCUUUUGAAAGAGUUCUGCAGAAAAAUACUGAUCAUAGUGCUCAUGAAGUUUCUUAUAAUGGUUCUUUCAUUUGGAAAU